ACCUGGCAGAGUCAGCAAGGCUGUCUCUUAGCGUGCAGGCUGUGAGGCUGCUGCCCCAAGAAAGCAAGGAUUCCUGUAAGGAGGAAAAGAGGCUCUGAGGUCUCACCUGCCACAAUGACGGACAGAAGCCCCUUUGAGACAGACAUGCUCACCCUGACCCGCUACGUUAUGGAAAAAGGGCGACAGGCCAAAGGGACCGGGGAGCUCACACAGCUGCUCAACUCGAUGUUGACCGCCAUCAAAGCCAUCUCCUCGGCUGUGCGCAAGGCGGGCCUGGCCAACCUGUAUGGAAUUGCAGGAAGUGUGAAUGUGACAGGAGACGAGGUGAAGAAAUUGGACGUGCUAUCUAAUUCCCUGGUCAUCAACAUGCUCCAGUCCUCCUACAGCACCUGUGUCCUAGUCUCCGAAGAGAAUAAAGAGGCAGUUAUCACAGCCAAGGAGAAGAGGGGGAAAUACGUGGUUUGCUUUGAUCCACUGGAUGGAUCUUCAAACAUUGACUGCCUGGCCUCCAUUGGAACUAUAUUUGCAAUCUACAGAAAGACCACAGAGGAUGAGCCUUCUGAGAAAGAUGCCCUGCAGCCUGGCCGCAAUAUUGUGGCUGCAGGUUAUGCACUCUAUGGCAGUGCGACCCUGGUGGCUCUUUCCACGGGGCAAGGAGUGGAUCUCUUCAUGCUGGACCCGGCUCUUGGGGAAUUUGUGCUGGUGGAAAAAGAUGUCAGGAUUAAGAAGAAAGGGAAAAUUUUUAGCCUCAAUGAGGGCUAUGCCAAGUAUUUCGAUGCUGCCACCACUGAGUAUGUACAGAAGAAGAAAUUCCCUGAGGAUGGCAGUGCACCUUAUGGGGCCAGGUAUGUAGGCUCCAUGGUGGCUGAUGUGCAUCGUACCCUGGUCUAUGGAGGAAUCUUUAUGUACCCAGCCAAUCAGAAAAGUCCUAAUGGCAAGCUCCGGCUCCUGUAUGAAUGCAAUCCUGUGGCCUAUAUUAUUGAGCAGGCAGGAGGCAUGGCAACCACAGGCACCCAGCCUGUACUGGAUGUGAAGCCUGAGAGUAUCCACCAGCGCGUUCCCCUCAUUUUGGGGUCCCCAGAAGAUGUACAAGAAUACCUCACCUGUGUGCAGAGAAACCAGGCAGGCAGGUAGUGAGCCUGAACAAUGAGCCUCCUUCUCUUUGUCUUGUAUUCUGUUGUAUGAGGGGUUAGAUGAAUGAUCAGUGGAGAUGGCAGGAGAGGCAAAUGAAUCAAAUUUGCCAGGUCCCUUUCAGAAUAUCAUCCUGCUGCUAAAGGCAGGUUUAGAAGCCAGGGGUAAAGAUAUGGUCAAAGGGCUAAAAUAAAACAUGGAUGUGAAAAGAA